AUGGCAGCCAAGCAGACAGAGCCAGUCACCAUCAUUAGCCUUCGGGGGUUGAACCUGGGGACCCCAGAGCUACAGCCAAAAGAGUCAAAGACAUUCACCGUGGAACACGCCGCGGAGACCAUUGGAUUCGGACGUUUCCACGGCCUCUUUCUGAUCAUGGGCAGCACGGGGCUGAGUGUGGCUGAGGCCAUGGAGAUCAUGUUAAUAGUGGUUGUGUCUCCUGUCAUCCGCUGUGAAUGGUAGCUGGAGAAUUGGCAGGUGGCAUUAGUGACCACGAUGGUGUUUUUUGGCUACCUGGUAUUCAGCGUCCUCUUUGGCCUCUUGGCUGACAGAUGUGGCCGCUGGAAGUUUUUGCUCAUCUUGUUCCUGCGGGGAGCCUACUUCUCCUUGCUGACCUCAUUCUCACCCUCGUACAUCUGGUUUGUCUUACUGCAGACGAUGGUGGGCUGUGGCGUGUCUGGCCAUGCCCAAGGGCUAAUCAUAAAGACUGAAUAGCCUACAAAAUAUUGAGGCUAUAUGCUCCCCUUGUCUCAGGUUCUCUGGCUAGCCGGCUCCCUGCUCAUCAUCGGCCUGGCUUCCGCGGUCAUCCCCACCGUCGGGUGGCGCUGGCUUAUCCGCAUCACCUCCAUCCCUGGCAUCGUCCUCAUCAUGGCCUUCAUGUUUAUUCCUGAAUCCGCUCGGUUCAAUGUCUCUACCGGGAACACUCAGGCUGCCCUGGUUACACUGGAGUUGAUCGCCAAGAUGAACUGCUCAGUCAUGCCGGAGGGGAAGCUGGUGGAGCCCAUCCUGGAAAAAAGAGGAAGAUUUACAGACCUAUUGGAUGCUAAAUAUUUACGGACCACAUUAUAGAUCUGGGUCAUAUGGCUGGGCAUCUCUUUCGCCUACUACGGGGUCAUCCUGGCCAGUGCGGAGCUGCUGGAGCGGGACCUGGUCUGUGGCUCGCGGUCGGAGUCUGAGGCAGUGGUGACCGUAGGGGUCUUGGAGGAGAGCCCGAGGCCCUGCCACUGCCAGGUGUUUGCCCUUUCCCACCACCAGACCAUGAUUAUCAGCACCAUUGGUGAAAUUGCUUGUAAGUAUCUCUCUAUUGGGUGGCUCUCUGUUUUGGGUGGGGGACGUGCAACUCAGAGCCUCAGAGGAGGGACCUGGUCUUCAGGGAUGUGUGUCGGCGUCUGUAAUGUACUGGGAUCGGGUGCCGGCCUCAUCGACUUCCUCUUCAUGCUGAGGGCUUUGGUGGCGUCCGACUUCAACACCAUCUAUGUUUACACCGCUGAGGUCUACCCCACAGAGAUGCGCGCUUUGGGGGUGGGGACCAGUGGCUCCCUGUGUCGCAUUGGUGUGAUGCUGGCGCCAUUUAUAUCCCAGGUUCUCAUGAGUGCAUCAUUUCUGGGAGCCUUGUGUCUUCUCUCAUCUGUCUGUGUUGUGUGCGCCAUUUCUGCAUUUACUCUCCCUAUUGAGACCAAAGGACGGGCCCUACAGAGGAUGAUGCCCAAGUCUGUGCUAACACAGUGGUACAUCUGUUUAGCUGGUUCCAGUAGAAAAACUGGGUAUCCAGCGUUCCUGCAUAUAACUUUGAGCAGCAAACCGAUUAUUCACUUCAAACCUUUCCUUCCUGUAAAAGUUAAGUACUAUGAAUGA